GGGGAGCAAGGCCGGGCAGGUGUGGGCGCCCGAAGGAUCCACCGCCUUCAAGUGCCUGAUCUCGGCCCGGUUCUGCGCCGCGCUCCUGAGCAACGUCUCGGACUGCGACGAGACCUUCAACUACUGGGAGCCGAUGCACUACCUCGUCUACGGGAAAGGGUUCCAGACCUGGGAGUACUCGCCCGCCUACGCUGUCCGCUCCUACGCCUACCUUUGGCUUCACGCCUUGCCAGCGUUGUUCCACGCCAGAGUCCUGCAGACCAAUAAGGUUCUCAUCUUCUAUUUCCUGCGAUGUCUCUUGGCCUUCGUGAGCUGCGUGUGUGAGCUCUAUUUUUAUAAGGCCGUCUGCAAGAAAUUUGGGCUGCACGUGAGCCGGCUGAUGCUGGCCUUCCUAGUUCUCAGCACUGGGAUGUUCUGCUCUGCAGCGGCCUUCCUUCCCAGCAGCUUCUGCAUGUACACCACGGUGAUCGCCAUGACUGGUUGGUAUAUGGACAAGACCUCCAUCGCCGUGCUGGGGGUGGCAGCGGGAGCCAUCAUGGGCUGGCCCUUCAGUGCCGCUCUUGGGCUGCCCAUUGCUUUUGACUUGCUGAUAAUGAAGCAGAGGUGGAAGAGCUUCCUGAACUGGUGCCUGGUGUCACUGAUCCUAUUUUUGGUCCCCUUGGUGGUUGUGGACAGCUACUACUAUGGGAAACUGGUUGUUGCGCCUCUUAACAUUGUAUUAUACAAUGUCUUUACGCCUCAUGGACCCGACUUGUACGGUACCGAGCCCUGGUCCUUCUAUUUCGUUAACGGCUUUCUGAAUUUCAACGUGGCAUUUGUCUUGGCUCUGCUCGCCCUGCCGCUGACCUACCUCAUGGAAUGCCUCCUCCAGAAGUUCCACGUUCAGAAUUUGGGUCGCCCAUACUGGCUGACGCUGGCUCCUAUGUACCUCUGGAUCAUGAUUUUCUUCAGUCAGCCGCACAAAGAGGAGCGGUUUCUCUUCCCCAUAUAUCCCCUCAUCUGUCUCUGCGGAGCUGUGGCUCUUUCUGCCCUUCAGCGUUACCGCCUGGAGCACUACACGGUUUCCUCCAACUGGCUGGCCUUGGGGACGGUCUUCCUCUUUGGACUCUUGUCGCUGUCACGUUCGGUGGCCUUAUUCAAAGGCUACCAUGGGCCUCUGGACCUGUAUCCGGAGUUUCACCGAAUUGCCACUGACCCGACCAUUCACACAGUGCCAGAGGGGAGGCCGAUUCAUGUCUGCGUGGGCAAGGAGUGGUACCGAUUUCCCAGCAGCUUUCUCCUGCCAGACAAUUGGCAGCUCCAGUUCAUCCCAUCAGAGUUCAGGGGCCAGUUACCAAAACCAUUUGCCAAGGGACCAGUGGCCACACGGAUCAUUCCCACAGACAUGAACGACCAAAACAGAGAAGAGCCAUCCAGAUACAUUGACAUCUCCAAGUGCCAUUACCUGGUGGACUUGGAUGCAGCCACUGAGACACUAAGGGAACCAAGAUACUCCUCCAACAAGGAAGAGUGGGUCACCAUUGCCUACAAACCCUUCCUAGAUGCUUCCAGGUCCUCCAAGUUGCUGCGUGCGUUCUACAUCCCUUUCCUGUCCGAACAGCACACGUCGUACGCCAACUACACCAUCCUCAAGCCCCGGAGGUCAAAGCAAGCCAGGAAAAAGAUGGGAGGUUAGCAGUGCACCCAGCGGACCAAAAAAGGCUCAUUGCUGGCCAGCUGCUUACGCCUUCCCAAAAUCCCCCUUUAGAAAAAAUGUGCUUGUAAGAUUCAGUAAUAAAGAUCCCCCCAGUGAUUUCACUCUGCGAGCCUCCAGCUGCAAAGGGUACAUCGUCCGCUCUCGGUUCGUGGUGUCAGGUCUCCGCUCUGCCUACACAGUCUGUUUCCAGAACAUAUUGGUAAGAAGCCGUUUGAAAAUCCUGCAGCCACCUACGAAUACACAUCCCCGCUGCUGCCUGCAUCAUGGCUUAUUGGGCUAGAGAAGAGAAACAACUACAACAACAAGAUGCGACUGUGUUCAGCUGUGCUCCAGGAUACAGUUUGCUACCAAGAAAAUCCAGAGCCUCUUCUCUCUCCCUUGCUGUCUCUCUUUCUCAAUAGUCCUCAUCUAUUUAAUAGCUGCUUGCCUACUCUUCUCAACCAUUUUCAGACAUUAGCACAUAAAAAAGAGACCACAGCAGAGACACUGAUCCUUAAACGCAGAGAAUCUCUGUCACCAGGACAGUCCAUCUCAUCCCAUAGAGAAGGGGUGCUAGGAGCCCCCUGCCCAGAGAGCGUGGUCCAAGGAAACACUUGCACUUUGGAGCAAAAAGCAAAAACUGUGACUUUGCAAGUUCUGCCUUUUCCCAGGUUCCGGUUUGAAUUUCUUUGAGCUCCAUGUGACUCAUUUCUUGUCCUCAAUGUCCUGAAAUGGCCAGGGGUUUUGUUUAUUUUAUUUAUUCUUGUUGCUUAUUUUUAAAGAACUGUGCAAUAUCCUUUGAAUCCUGGUCUCUUACGUGUAAAACGACUGGAAACGGCACCAGGGGACAAAAGGACGAUUUCUGUGAUGCGAUUUCCCAGCUCCAUGAGCUACCAGCUUCCUUAGCAGUCCACUUUGGCAGAGACUCCCCAGAUUGAUGCCGUACUUAAUUGCAUCCAGGUUUUACAGCCUUGUCCUGCCUUACGAGCCAGAUUAGAAACAACGUUUACAUCAGUCUCCUAGAAAAUUGCAGAAAGCAGACGGGAGGGAAGGUGGGAAACGCUUCUCUCUCCCCAGAGGAACCGCACAAAUCCUGUGCCAUACUUGCUACCCGUUGGGAGGGUUGGUUUGUGGCCAGAAUAGCCCCUGAGAGCUGUGCCUUGUGCUGGGAGGAGAGUCACAGCGAUAGCAUGCAUGCAAGAGCCAGCAAGUGAGAUGGGGCUUGGGGAAGGGCUGAGAGUAGGUUUGCCCCGUGCAUGGUCGGGGGAUGCUGAAGCAGGCCGGCUGGUCGCUGGCCCAGUGGGGGGUAGGGAAAUGUCACAAACAGGUCCAUGCACACUGGUCCGUGGAGGAGACAGCCGGGGCAGGGAGGCCUCUAGGCAGAUUAACAGCUGAGCAGGCUGUUGUCACAGGGUCAGAAGGGCAGGCUGCAGCACUGAGGCUGUGAUUUAAUGUGACGCUAUUGGGUCAGAGCAGUAGCUGGGAAGGGAACCGUGCAUGGCUUUAACUUGGAAAAUGACCUUUGUAGAGGAGAGCGGAGCUGGGGCCCUGGCAGAGAGACCUUCACCGGGCACGUGAAAUCCCAGUGUGAGGGAGCAGGCGUAGGGCCGGGUGCCCUCUUGCUUUUAAAUCCCAUCUUAAAAUACCAGGCAAGGAAGUUGGUGUCCCAACAGGCCUGGGAUUUGAGACUACAGAGACUAAUCUACCAGUUCCCCAGGUAGAGAUGGUCUAAGUAGGUCUUUCUUGAGCAUGUCCUGGAGUUUCAGCCCCUGCAGCUGGCCUUGAACUUGUCUUUGCUCAGCCCCAUCCACCCCCCGGGGAGAAGUGUUUGCUUUGCCCGGUUCUCAUUCCUCCUGUGUGUUUGCUAGCUCACAGGGCUGAUGACCGCUUUGCUGUGAACACAGCAACCCCAGACGGGACAGCAUGGUGUGUACGGUGCUUGGCGCGCUUUAGGAAUGGGGCUUCUUUAAGGUGUUUUGGGUUGGGCACCAAAAUACCAAGGUACGUGGGAAACACUUUAGCCAGGUGCUGUUGAUCCGUGGUCCCUGGGCAGCCAGGUCCGUAGGGCCAGUGAAUCGCCUGCUUCUGCUACGUGACGCUGAGCUGCAUUGUCAGAUCUACCCCUAGUCUCGUAUGGACCAGUCUGCUUUCGUCCUCACCCAGCACUCAACCUGCAUAAAUCAGCUCCAUGCUGCAGUGCUGGCAUUAAGGUUUCCAUUCUCCCUAACAGCCCCAUAUCCCUUGGUGAAGGCUGAAAGAAGAGGGUGCCCCCAUCUCUGUUUCCUAUUUAAUUUUGUGCUCGCAGAGAUCGUUCCUCCUGGGAGAAGUCUUCCAGCUCCAAUUUAGCCUUACAGCAUAUUUGGGCAAGCCUGUUCCCCGGAGGAUACGUCUUUAGUGAUGUUGACAACCGUGCCAGCAGUCUGCAGCAGAGUCUACCCGGUGUCUAGCACCCGUCCAGGAGAAGGAUGGCAAGUAGGACCCCAAGUGGAAACAACGGGUGAUCCAAAGGCAGGGAGGGGCCAGCUGGGCAAAACAGGGACAUGUGCUUUUCUUCCUUUUUGCACAUCCUUAAGGAAGAUUUACUCUAUUGAAUGCAAAAAAAGGUUGGAAAAAUGCAAACUGUGGGAAGGGCAUGUUCCUGUCCAUACUUUGUUGCCUGGACUAAUCCUCCUGAACUAAUCCUGCGAGGUUGUACAGGCCGAGAUGAAAUUCUCCCCCGUGCAAAGGAGCAGCACAAGCCACAGGCCUGCUUGGAGAGCCCAUGGGAGGUGUCAGCCCUGCAUCAGUCUUGGGCAGGUCCCUCGCAGAGCAGGCAUUUCAUCCUGGCAUCAGCGGUGUCUGCUUUGCUACAGCCUUUGGGGGUGACCCUGGAAUUUCCCUUUUCAGAGCAGCAGGCUGCACAGGAAACGAGUGACUUCAGGGUCCGGGUUCAGUUUCGGAUGAAACUCAUGUCACCAAUCAGCCCUGCAGUGCGUGUGUCGUGCUCCCGUGAGUGUUUUUAACGGGCUUUCCACCCAGAGCGUUUACCUUGGCGUAACUGGGCUCUCUUGUGCCGCAUGAGGGCUCACAUGUGACUUGAAACCCAACCAGCCGUCUGCUUCCCUCCAGGUUUCCACUUAUCGAUGAAAUAAAGAAACACAGACUGCAGCUAGGAAGAGCCCAGCAAGCCCUUCUCUGUGGUGCUGCUUGUCUCACUGCCCCACCUCUGUUGCCACCUUCCUUUUCAUGUUCACUGUGGAAAGAUAGUCCAA